ACUGACUCCACAGACAGAUGGGAGAAAAGAGAUUUGUCAUUUAGUUUCAUCAUGUUUUUAUGAAGACACCACUACAUCGGAAUCUCACGUCAUUGGAAGAUUGACCUUGGCUUCCGAUCGAAGAGUGCACAUGUACACAGAUAUAAUCGCAAUACAAAGUUUGAUUAUAACCAUUGUAACCACUAGACAUCAUAUGUUUCAUGCGGCUCACAGAAGCACGUUAUAAUCGUUUGCCACAGCAAAACGUUUAGCUACUUUGUAGCAAGUAUGGUAUGCAAAGCAUGAUGUAGCAUGCAAGCUAGCACAAGCUAGCUACCUUGCUUCAAUGAAUGGAAUAGCAAGAAACAGUUUGACACAUCUUAAGAACGUAGCCAAACUCACCAAGUCACACUUUUCAAACAAAAUAUUGUACAGCCAACGACGGCUAUUGUCAUAGUAAAACACAUCGGUAAGUAUUCAAAGAUAACUAAGUGUCAUAGACAUGACAGCUUGUUUUGUAGUUCUUUUGCGCCACGUCGCAUUCGAAUGACGACUUUAAUAACGCGACUUGUCCGAAUAUUUUUAAGACGCACCCCUCCGAACUUGCACUUAUUGUUUUGAAGACGAUAUUAUUACUUUCGAGCAUCAAUUGUAUUACAAUACAUUUGGUGGUUAGGAUAAAUCAUUCAAAUAAUACAUAAACACAUAUGUAGCUUUCCACACUAUAGUAGUGGUGUUACGUAAGUAAAUACAAAUACGCAGUACGUUUCCAUCUAGCGCCCUCUCUGGUAAAACAUUAGCCAAUGUUUUUUGUUGCCUGGAAACUUCAAACAGAGACGUGAUCUAAGCUGAAGACAUCUUUAUCAUACUAACUUUAUCCUACAAUGGAAGGCAUUGAUGUAGACGUACAAGAAAGAAGAUGGGAUGAGCAGGAUGUGGUUCAUGAGAGAGACCGGCUGAGGAUGAGAGUGGCUGUGCUGGAGGAGAGCAUGAGGUCGUACGAGGUUGAGUGUAAAGCCAGCAGAGAGACGGUGAUGAGACUGGUGUCAGAGCUGGGCUGUGAACGCAGGACUGCAGUCAGCACUGCAGAGUCGCUGGAGUCCCUCAGACUGGAGUUGAACAGUGCCCUGGUGUCAAAGAGGAGCGCGGAUAUCCAGAAUCAGAGUCUGCUGGAGAGGCUGGAGGCCGGCAGCCGAGUCAUUGAGGCAGCUAAAUUGGAGGCAGCAUGCUUGGAAAAGCAGGUCCAGGAGCUGGAUACGAGACACCGUGCCAGCCAAGGGGAGACCCGGGCAGCCCUGGGCCAACUGAACGAUCUACGGGACAAGCUUGUGGGUCUACUGCUGGGCCACACUGGAGAAGCCCUACAGACUGACAGAGAAAUACUGCAAAGUCUGGCUGACCUUUGCUCCAGGGAGGGGAAUGCAAAAACUACCAUAACGGAGCUGGAGAAGAGGCUGUCCGAUGCAUCAAAGUCAGUGGUCCUGGAGUCGGAACUCCGCCGUGGGGCCCUGCAGAGGGCUGAGCUGGGCGAGCAGCAGGUGCAGGAGCUGAGGGAGAGCCUGCGGGGCCUGGAGGUGGAGCUGCUGGCAGCAGAUGUCCACCGGGACGGCCUGAGUCACAGCAGGGAUCAUUAUGAGCAGUUCCUGGAACAGGUGUCGGAGAAGAUGAAGGUUGAUAGCAUCGCUGCUGACCUGGGGUUCGACAUGAGGCUGCACCUGAUCCUGUCCCGGGCAGAGCAGCUGGUCAAACAGGAAGGGACAGCAUUGGUGGAGAGCAAGACUCUGGCCCACGGUCUGCAGAGGAAGCUGAAGGCCCUGAAGGAACGUUUGCAGAGCAAGGAGCUACACAUGGAGUUGCUGAGGAAGAAGCUGUACGACCUGGAGCAGGAGAAGAACGGACGCUCGGCCCUGGCGGUGCAGCGAGACGGCGCCCAGCUGGAGGCCCGGAAGCUGCAGAAGAAGCUGGAGCGACUGCGAGGGGAGCUGGGCUCCGCCAAGCUGUCCAAUACAGAGCUCAAGGCCCAGCUCUCCCACACCAACGAGCUGAAGCUCCAAGUCCUGGAGCAGAGUCAGUCCCUGGGGGAGCAGAGUGGGAGGCUGGAGGAGCUGGAGAAGGGGAAGGCCGAGGUGGAGAGCUCUCUCACCAUGGUGAGGUCAGACCUCCAGAGCUGGGAGAGGACGGCCAGGGAGGACCAGCAGCACCUUGCCACUCUCAGACAGACCUUGGCCCAGCUCACCGAGAGGGAGAGAGAGUUGGCUGACUUUCGCAUGGUGGUCUCCAAGAUGGUGGGUCUGGACGUCACAUCUCUGACCCUCCCCGACUACGAGAUCAUCAAACACAUGGAGGGCUUAUUUAACACCCACCACCAACACCACCCUCAUCUCCACUACCCUCACUUCCACCUCCACCACCCCAGGCUGACCUGGCCCUACCCUGCCCAGCAGCACCCUCACCAACCCUGGGUCCAGGGCAGCGCUGACAUCCCUGGGUCCAGGCCUGCCCUCUCUGCUGCAUCUCCGAGGCCAGCUGCUCCCCAGGCUCUCCCUCUGCAUGAAACCUAGUCCAGUAAACUGGAGCUAUGGGACUGCACUCUGGAUAGAAGUGCGAAUGAUUUAUCAAGCUUUCUACAUACAUGAAUGAACCUAGUAUUGAGUACUGGAAGGGGAAAUCUUAAAAUCAGGAUAAAUAAAACUGGCACAUAUUCAUAUUUGACUGAAACUGAAUGGCGAAGUACAGGGUAUUAUAGCAUGUGUAACAUCAUUAAUAUAUAAUUUAAUAUUAUAUGGGUUUGAUUAAAUAUAGCUCCUUAAUAUGCUUCUGUUUCUUGUUUCAGUGUUAGAUGGGGUUUUCAAGGUCAACACCUAGCAAACCAUUUUCCAGUAGUAUGUUAAA